AUGGAGAGCCUGGUGCACUACAGUUAUCCUACCCAUGCCCUCUCGGUGCUAGGGCUACUCAAUGAACAGCGUCUCCGAGGGCACAUGUGUGAUGUGGUGCUAAUUGUGGCUGAUCAGCGAUACCAAGCCCACAAAAGUGUUCUGGCUGCCAGUAGCGAAUAUUUCCAGUCCCUUUUUACCAGGAUGGAUGACGCCUCACUGAAGGUUGUAAACCUGGACUUCUGUGAACCUGAUGCCUUCGAGAUCGUUCUGAAUUACAUUUACUCUUCUUCGCUCUUUGUGGAAAAAAGCAGUAUUUCAGCGAUCCAAGAGCUGGGCUAUACCUUGGGGAUCCCCUUCCUAACCAACAUAGUGUCCACAAGGCCGCACGCAUCAUAUUGCGUCUCUAGGAAAAGGCUCUCGUAUACAGAAGGGGAUGACAAUGAUGUCCAGACAAGGAGUGUCAUUGUUUGUCGUGUGCGGAAUGACACUCCUGAAUCCGCUUGUGCAAAUUUUCAGGCUAAGACACCAGAAAGCUCGUCAUCUCUUAUCACAACUGAGUUGACUCAGCCACCAUCAGAACUUAACUCCUGUGACUCAGCCAGAAACUCUGAACAACUCUCUAAAAAUUCACCAGAACACAGUGAAUCUUCCACAAAGAGAUCCACCCAUCCAUAUGCAUCCAUUUUAAAAGGGAAUCCCUCAUGCAUCUCUUUUAGGCCCCAGCUGAAAACAUCAGCAUCAUUCAGUGAUGCUGAAGUCCAACAUAUUACACUGCCAUCUUAUUCAGAACAAAACAUGAAACUGGAUUCAGGGGAGCAGGAGCCUCAGUACUGCACAAAAGUCGCUUAUCAGGGUCCGGCAUCUGAGCUGAGCCAGACUAUUGACCGGAGCGGGCCACUCAUAAAAAGCUUACUUAGAAGAUCGUUAUCUAUGGACAGCCCCGUUCCAGUCUUCUCACCCACACUGGAGCUUAAAGAGCUGCAAAAUCACGAACAAUCAGUCGGUAAAAUGGCAUCCAAACUUUCGGAUUCCAAAAUAUCUGCCCGCAAUGGUAACUCGAGACGUUCUCCGAUUAUUCUCAAGUCAAAGUACCACAAUAGAUGUGAUGGACAAACUCAGGUAGAAAGAGAGCAGGUUGUGAAAGUGGAACCCAGCAGUCCACUCGCAGACCCGUUAGAUAUUGUUCGAAUCACAGUUGAAGAAGGUUUGCCGGUUAAUCUUAAGAAUUUGCAAACAAAUUAUGAACCAUGUUCCAAGGUUAGCUUAAUCCCUUUCGGGAAACGGAAGGAAAGGUCAGAUAACAGACGGUACCCCUUCAAAAAGAACAAAAUAAUUAGGGAACAAGCUGUCUCCCCUGAAGAAAACGCAUCUGAAGUAGUCUCUCUCAGCACCAGUGACGAUAAUGAGAACAAUCAGGAGUCGUCACCAAGCAAGAUUUUUACAUGCUGGAACUGUUUCAAGGUUUUCAGAUCCAGCGCUGGACUACAUCGACAUGUAAAUAUGUACCACAACCCAGAAAAGCCGUACGCUUGUGACAUCUGCCACAAGCGCUUCCAUACCAACUUCAAAGUGUGGACACACUGUCAAACUCAGCAUGGUGUCCUUCAGAACCCAGCAUCAUCCUCCAGCUCCCCGGUGAUGGAUGAUCGAUUCCAAAAGAAACUUAUAGACAUCGUGCGAGAGCGGGAAAUAAAGAAAGCUUUGCUCUGGAAGCUGAAAAGGAACAAACAAGCUUUGCAGUCUUCCACCCUCUGCAAAAAACGAUCAAGGUCCAACUUUGUAUGUCCCUAUUGUGGGAAAGCUUUUGUCUUUCAGUCUCAGUACAGACAGCAUUUAAGGACACAUCCUGCAGAAAAAGCUGACAAGGACACUGUAGGGGAGAACAUCCUCUACCAGGAACAGGAUGAGGUGAUUCACCAGAAUAAUUCUGAUGCUGGUGUCUACGCAUGUAGACUCUGCAAUAUGAAGUUGCCUUCACUCAUCGAGCAGUGUGAUCAUGAGAGGGGCUGCCGGAAUUCCACAGUAUGCCCGUACUGCGGCCUUAAAUUCUCAAGUGCAACAGUCAAGAAAGACCACGAGGUGCACUGCAAAUACAAAAAACUGACGUGCCUGGAAUGCAUGAGAACCUUCAAGACCUCCUUCAGCAUCUGGCGCCACCAGGUAGAGGUGCACAACAACAACAUGAUGAAUAUGAAGGAACAGAUGAGUCUGAGGCAGCAAGAGCACAAUGAAGGAAUGUCGGAAAUGUUCAUAGAGGAGCAUUACAACAACGAAACACUUGCGAGUGACAGCAAUAUUUACAAUGACUCUUCAGGCACACAUAUGUAUGAUUCGGAGGACUCUUCGUCGUAUAUGCCCGAGGACCUUAGCAUGGGCCGUCUUGGGAAACUAGUGGUGAAAGAAGAGCCGUUGGAGGAGGCCGUGAGCGAGCGAGAAGAAACUGAGACGAGCCAGAAUCUGGAAGAACCUGGCGUUUGGCCUUGCGAGAAAUGCGGAAGUCUCUUCAGCUCUCGCAAAGAUCUGGAACGACACCAGGAGCUCCUGUGCCACAUCAAACCCUUCAUUUGCCACAUUUGCAACAAAGCCUUCAGGACCAACUUCCGCCUUUGGAGCCACUUUCAGUCGCACAUGUCGAACGCAAGUGAACACUCAGCCAAAGAGAUGGACGGGAACCCCCCGCCUCCGUCACCCUCCCCUCCCACGUCCGCUCAAAACUCUGAACGGCGCUCUCCGCAAGCCUCGUUGCUCACCCAGGCGCAACCAGUCGGGGUGGCAGUGGCUGACGAAUCCAGCAGCCCUGAGCCUUCCAUGUCAGCGAUAAACAAUGCCAAGAUCCACGCUCAGCACGAGCAGCGACCUCGUAGCCGUAGUCCGGCGUCAAGGUCAAAUAGCGCAGAGAAUUCAAGCGGGGCUCAGGAUUCAGAGACCCUCUUUUACCACGCACCUUCUCUCUCUGCCUUGACCUUCAAGAGGCAAUACAUGUGUAAACUCUGUCAUAGGACUUUCAAGACAGCUUUCAGUCUCUGGAGCCAUGAGCAAAGUCACGGCCACGUGUAA